AUGCCCUACGCCAUGGUCAAUCCUCUCCUACCUCUGGAUUCUGGCGAGAUUCAGACGGUUGCUUCUUUGGUCCGACAACAUGCAGGCUCUAACUUGCAGCUCCAUUUCAAGACCAUCACUAUCGAAGAGCCUCACAGAGAUGAUGUGCAGACCUAUAUAGAAGCGAAGAAGAAGGGCUUGACUCCCGGUGUGAUUGAGAGAGUCGCUUUUGUGACCUACUACAUAAAGGGGACAGAUAUUUUCUAUGAGGCCUUAGUCAGCAUAUCGCAGAACGCGGUCCUUAGAGCCACGCGAUUGCCACCCCAAUAUCAUGCCAACAUUGAUGAAAACGAGAUGAUCGAGAUUGCAGAUCUGGCCCUUAAACAUGAGAAGGUUCAGGCUGCUCUCACCGAACUGCAACUCCCUGCAGGAUAUCAUGUUGUGAUUGAGCCAUGGAUGUACGGAUCCGACGGUGUGAACGACUCCCGCAGAUGCUAUCAAUGCUUUAUGUUCAUCCGCGAUCCAGCCAACUCCUCUGAGCCUGACUCCAACUACUAUGCGUAUCCCCUACCAAUUUCAGCCGUGAUGGAUGCUGUCACUCGAGACCUUAUUCGCGUCGACCGCAUUCCUACCGGGGGAGAAUAUACAGUCGGGGAGAUGAAGCCGUACAAGGUUCACCGCCCUGCUGAAUAUCUCCCGGAGCUACAAGAUCUUCGUCAGGACGUCAAGCCGCUACAGGUGGUCCAGCCUGAUGGCGUGAGCUUUGCAGUCACUUCCCUCGGGGAAACUGGCCAUUACCUCGAGUGGCAGAAAUGGGCUUUUCAGAUUGGCUUCAACGCGCGCGAAGGAAUUGUCUCCUACGACGGCCGACAAGUCUUCUAUCGCCUCGCAUUGUCUGAGAUGAAUGUGCCAUAUGGUGAUCCCCGGGCUCCGCUACACCGCAAAGCCGCCUUCGACCUUGGUGACGCCGGAGCUGGCGCCACUGCCAACAAUCUCCAAUUAGGCUGUGAUUGUCUCGGCUCCAUUCAGUACCUGACCGGAAUUAUUUCCGACAGCGAGGGUCGCCCUGAGAUCAUGCCCAACGCCAUAUGCAUCCACGAGCAGGACAAUGGCAUCAGCUGGAAGCAUACUAAUUGGCGUACUGGCCGUGCCUGUGUUGUCAGGAACCGGGAGCUUGUUUUGCAGAGCAUUCUUACCUUGGCUAACUACGAGUACAUUCUGGCUUUUGUCUUUAACCAGGCUGGAGAGAUGCAUUAUGAGGUUCGCGCGAUGGGAAUUGUAAGUACCCAACCCGUCGAUGAAGGUAUCAAUUCCCCUCACGGCACCGUGGUUCAUCCUGGAGUAUUGGCAGCCUACCACCAACAUGUAUUUUCAUUGAGAAUUGAUCCCGCUGUCGAUGGACCCCAUAACCGCGUGGUCUACGAAGAGGCCCAUGCGAUGCCUCGGGACGAGGUCAAGAACCCUCAUGGUGUUGGCUACAUUCUUGAGAAAACAACGAUUGAUGUGGCCGGGGGAUACGACCUUGACCACACGAGGAAUCGAACUUUCAAGAUUGUUAAUGAUAAGAUUCGGAAUCCAGUAAACAAUCUGCCUGUAGGAUACAAGAUUCACGCCGCUCCUUUCCAGGCUAUGCUCGCCGACAAGGAUAGCUUUCACUUUAAACGCGCCGAGUUCGCUGAUCACCACAUAUACAUCACGAAAUAUGCCCCGAACGAAAAGUUUGCAGGGGGGAAAUAUACGAACCAAUCACGAGGCGGCGAUGGCGUUAGGACUUGGUCGGCUCGAAAGGACAAUGUGAAAGACACUACCAUUGUAGUCUGGGUACAAUUCGGUAUCAACCACAUACCUCGAGUUGAGGAUUUCCCGGUAUGCUACUGA